CUAGAAGAAGAGCCUCCAGCGCUUUGCUUCAACGUGUCUCCAAGUUUAGCCUCAUGACUUUACAGCUGCCUUGCUAUGACAGACAUUUCCACAAAAUUUGGCUGCAGGUCAGAUGACACGCAGGCUGUUGUCCUGAUCAGUGACCUGCCAAGCGAGGAAGCAGCAUGCAGGACGAUUUUAUUGGUGAGCAAAGUGUCGGUCAGCUGUGUGGACGUGACUGCAUUCGGCAGUGGUGUGGUCAAAGGAGAUGAGUGUGUGAGAGAACGUGCUCUCGGUUUGGACUGAGUGGGGAUCGUUUAUGUGUUUGGAUGAUGAGUAUGGGAGGAAGAGAUGGAGCGUGUACGACGGAUCCCCCCCGUGCCCGUACAUGGAGAGAGCAUUCGCUCAGCUGCCUGGAUUUCUUCCACCACACACAAACCAGAUGCAGGUCUGGAACCGAGACGAGAGCUUCUGAGCUCCUGAUGAUCUCCACUGAAAGAGUGACAGAGCAGAGAAGAGUGAAAAAUCACCCUGUUGGAUGUUGGUGACGUGGCCACAUAAAAACUUUUUACUUCCCAGUUACUGGGCAUUGCGCAUCAACGGUUCAGUGGCAGCCAUCUGCAGGUAAUCUCUAAUCUCACUCAUCCCUGAUUUUAUUCUUCUAGCCUUUAUUCUGUUGUAGUAUUGUGCUUUCUAGAAUGGAUCAGCAGACUGUGUGCAUGUGGAGAUGGAGCUUAGCUUGUUUACAGUCUGCUUUGCUUAUGUAAAUAAUUAUGUAAAUUAAUUUCUGAUGACUGGACCAUGCCACAGGGUGAAUUAAUAUUCUUAAAAUUAAUGAUCACUAGCUGUGUUACAUAAAAGAAUUUGCAAGCAGAGAAUGAACACCUGUAGGCCAAACAAUAACAAGUUAGGUAGGAUUUAAACAUUUUUAGGCUGAGAUAUUUCAGUCAGGUGGAUUUUAAUAUAAGUGUUUUACACUGAAUGUGCCAGAAAACCUGAAAAGUGAAACAGUAAGCUGAAGGGAAGGGCAUUGCUCAGAGGUACAAGAUUUUAUAUUUUUUUAAUGAAUGUGUUCAGAAAUAUAUAUAUAUAUAUAUGUGUGUGUGUGUGUGUGUGUGUGUGUGUGUGUGUGUGUGUGUGUGUGUGUGUGUGUGUGUGUGUGUGUGGAUAAAGUGAAAAUGCCUCUACACAAGAAGGCAGACGACAUCCAUGCUGUAUAUGAGCUGAAGGAGAAACUGGGAGAAGGCUCAUUCUCAGAGGUGAGAGUGGCUCAACAUCGCCACACACACAAGCUUGUAGCAGUGAAAUGCAUCCGCAAAAAGGCCCUGAAGGGUAAAGAGUCCAUGCUGGACAAUGAGAUUGCUGUAUUACGCCGAAUCAAGCAUGACAACAUAAUUUCCCUCGAGGAGACGUUCGAGACGCCUACAAAACUGUAUUUGGUAAUGACACUGGUGACUGGAGGUGAGCUGCUGGAUCGAAUUCUUGAGCGAGGCAGCUACACAGAGAAGGAUGCCAGCCGCGUCAUUCAGCAAGUCCUGGAAGCUGUUAAAUACCUCCAUCAGCUUGACAUUGUACACAGAGACCUGAAACCAGAGAACCUGCUAUAUGAAACACCAUUAAAAGAUUCCAAGAUUGUCCUUAGCGACUUCGGGCUGUCUAAAAUAGCAGAUCAAGGCAUCUUGUCUACUGCUUGUGGAACCCCUGCUUAUGUAGCUCCUGAGCUUCUACAAGAGAAGACAUACGGCAAAGAAGUAGACUUGUGGGCCAUGGGAGUGAUUUCAUUUAUAAUGCUGUGUGGAUAUCCUCCGUUCUACGAUGAUAAUGACACUCAACUCUACAAACAGAUCAUAAAGGCAGAGUUUGAGUUUGACUCGCCGUAUUGGGAUGAUAUCUCACAUUCAGCCAAAGACUUCAUCGUCCACUUACUGCAGAAAGAUCCGAAAAAGAGGUUCAAUUGUGAGCAGGCCUUGCAGCAUCUUUGGAUUUCAGGUGGAGCAGCUCUGGAAAAAAACAUCUACGGUUCCGUGUCCGAGCAAAUCCAGAAGAAUUUUGCCAAAAGCCAGUGGAAGAGAGCUUUUAAUGCCACAAUGGUGGUGCAUCACCUCAGGAAGAAGGCCCAUGUGAGUGAGGAGGAAUAUCGAGACACAUCCACAGGAACAGAGACCUCAUAAAAUCCAACUGGCAGAGGACCAGAAGUCAACACGCGCAUACAUCUGAUUGAGCAUUUGUCAAACAGACCCUGCGUUCUGAAAUGCUGAUGUCGGCUCUAUGUGCUGCUUUGCCUGAUAUGAACCAGCAGGACUUGUACAGACGCCAGAUGGAAGCGAAUUAGAGCCUCUUCGGAGCCUAGUCGUCACCAUCACUGUAUAGGAUUAGGGAUAGAAAACUGCAGGUACGCUUAACGCCAUGUUGUGAAAUGUAAUGUAUAAAGUGCAUGCUGCUAUUUGUAUUAUUAAACAUUAUCAGCCAGGUAAUGUUUCUACAGUUGCUGUGGCUAAAUUGAUAGAUAUUCCAUCUGUUCAAUGCAUCUGAAAGUAAAUAUGAUGCAAAAAUGUUCCAUAUUAAAUCAUAUAUUAUACUAAAUAUAAAGGGUCGAAGCCUUCAGAAUACAUUCAUAAGCUUUAGAUCAAACUGAGGUGACUGUUCAUGAUUGUUGCUGCUGCACAAUAUUUUUCUUUAUCUUUUAGUUUUUUGUGACGUAUAGCACAUGACUGAAAUUUCAUUUCCAUUCAAAUUCAUUUAGCCCAUAUAUUGGCGUUUAAAAAAACAAAAGUAAAAGUAAAAAAAAUAAUUGUUGUAUUAGUGCUUAUAGUGCUUCAUAAUAAUUUUAUGAACCUCCUUUACCCUGAAGACCACUUUUUGAGAUUUGUCUGUACAACAUUUUGAAAGAAUGGUCCAUUUAAAACUUUUAUGCACUGACUAAUGCCAGAAACUGAACAAACGCUAUGGAAAAAUAUCUGUUUGUUUUCUCUUGGUGUCUGCAAUAAAAUGUCACCUCUGUGAUAAAAGUCUCUUAAUAAAUUUCUCCUCUCUAAAUUAACACAUAUGAGUAUCUAAUAGUGAUGAGAAUUCUGGAUGUGUUCAGUGAGUCAAAUGAUUUAGCUCCCAAAUGACUCACUGCAUUUAUUUUUUAAGCAAACUGAAACAACUUUGAUAUUUUUUUUGAGUAGUUAUCGUUCCCUCCAGUAAUUUGCAGCAUUUUUAUGAUCGUUGUGGCCAAGAAUGCUUUCUUAUUUUUGGAGCUAUACUCAUGUUUGAAGUACAUGAAUGGAAGAGAGCUGUGUGUCUUGAUGACAUCAAACCAUGUCUGCAGAAAAUUGCUGUAAUUUUUACAAACUUUCAAAAAAAAUGUUUUUUUAAACUUCCAAAAACAUGAAAACCUCCUUUUUCAAUCACAAAAUUACUAAAUCCUAGAAGAACUGAUUUUUUAAAGGGCCUGAAAUUGUUAAAUCUUAUCCCACUUUCUAACUGAAUGAAAUGACCUUGUUGUUAAAUUUGAUUAAUGAUUCAAAUGAUUCAUAAACUGUAUUU